UUGUACCUUCUUCCUCCUCUUUCAACCCCCAAUUCCCAAACCCUACAAAUCACCAACAUACCUUACCCAUUUUCCCGGCCUCCUCGAUCCGAUCUCAUGGCCGCCGGCGAGAUCGGCUGCUGCGUUUUCCUCCGGCGACCAUCUUCCCGCGGGUACCGCCACCUCACGUCGUCCGGGUCGGACGACGGCGAUUUCCCGGCUACUGAAGCGGCCGCGGUGCGGGUGGUGGCGGGGAGAAGGGAGAAGAGGGAGUUCUUGGUCGAUCCGUUCGUGCUGCAAAGGGAGCCUUUCAGAGAGCUGAUGGAGAUUGUAACGAGCAGAGAGAAGAAGGGACGACGAGUCGGCGAUGGAGACGCCAUAUUCGUCGACGUGGACGCCAUUUUCUUCGAGCACAUGCUAUGGUCUUUCUAUAACGAUUUCUCAUCUGAUUCUCCUUCUUCUCCUCUGUUUCGGCUCAAUCUCAGAGAGAUCAUUGAGUUCUACUCUCAGGAUUUUUGAUCUGUUUGUCGUUCGUUUUCCGAUUUCUACAAAUAUGUCCAAAACUCAAUUGAUCAUGUUAAAUUUAAUAAUCUUUGAUUUCUAUUCAUUAAA